AUGAAGCGUAAUCUGGUCGUUCUCGGUGGGAAUGGAUUCCUGGGUAAAAGGAUAUGUCAGCUAGCAUUACAUUCCGGAAAGUUUUCUAAUAUUACUUCUCUUUCUAGAAGUGGUAUCCCUCCUGCUAAUGAUGAACCCUGGAUGGACUCAAUUAAUUGGGAGAGAUGUGAUGUUCUUGACCCAGCAACCUACGUAGACCACUUGAAAGAAGCUACUGACGUAGUGCACUCAAUUGGUAUUUUGUUGGAAAACCCAGAUUAUAAAGCUAACCUUCGUAAGGGACCUUUAAGCCUAGCGUCUAAUCUAUUCAAUAUGGUGCUUCCACUCAAUAAAAAUCCGCUGAAGACAGAUCCUAAGUUUACCUAUGAUGCAAUUAAUCGUUAUAGUGCCUCUCUAUUAGCAGAGACUUUUGCUGAAAUGGUUGAUGCCAGUGGGGAAAGGCGCCCUACAAUAACGUACAUUUCUGCUGAUAAAGGAUUUCCUCUAAUCCCAUCAGGAUAUAUAAAUUCCAAGCGUGCUGCUGAAGUUGAAAUAAUGAGACAGGAGUCCAAGAUUAGACCAAUUUUACUUCGUCCAGGGUUUAUGUUUGAUGAAUCGCGCAACGCCGAAGCUGGAAGAGCAGUUAUUAAGAGCUUUUUAGAUAUUUUGAAUUGUGGUAACCAGUUGAUACUUCGAAAGAAUAUCAGCUUUGUUAACGAUCUGAUUAGGCCUGUAGUUUCUACUCAACAGGUAUCCAGAGCACUAUUACAUUUUUUAGAAGAUGAAAACCAUGCUGGCGUUGUUAGCCUAGAAUCUAUCCUUGAGGUUAAAGCAUAG